AUGUCGAAAACUCUGGACGAGCGAUCACGGAAAUUUAUUGAUGCAGUCCAAUCUGACCUUAGAGCUUUGUCGAACGAGACUAGGCGAAAAUUUCAACCGGUUAAAGAGGUGAGAAGCCAGUUUGAUGUCUUAGAAUAGCCUCGCUUGUGUCUUUGAGAGCUUUUUCUAGUGACCAGAGUAAUAACGUGUUCAAGGUUAGCAUUCCCGAUUUAAAAUCAACAAAAUUUUAUUUUGUCUCUAUUUAAUCUUAAUGACUGUUGUUGAUCGUUUAACCUUGAAAUUUUGAUAUCCGCUUGCCUCCAUCCCCCGGUUUGACAAUUGUUAUUCUUUUUAUAGGCGGCAGAAGCUGGAAUCUUACGCCUCAGAACUAUUGGCGCUGCUAAGGUGAAGAAUUUGAAAAUCACGAAAGGUGAGGAGACAUUGUAUAGAGAUAUUCAACAUGAACUUUGAAAUCAGCUUUUGUCAGGCGUCAGUCGUAAAAUAUUUUUAUUUCUCCAUUUCAAUUUUAUUUACAAAUAGAAUUGGCUAUGAAUUAAUAGCAGUUUCCUUGUUGAAAGGAAUAAAAACACUGAUAACUUAGGAGAAAUAGCUGUUUAUAAAUAAAAACGUCUAAUAUAAGCAUUGAUAACUUGCAACACACACAUUUAGCUGCUUCAAAAAAAGACAGACUUUUCUCAGGGUUUUUAAAAAUCUUCACUCCCGUAAUGAUCAAAAGGGUAUUUCUCCUUAUAAUAUGAAUUCAAAAGAAUAGAAGAAUAUCAAUCAGGAUAUAUUCUCUGAUCAAUGUAAGACAAAAUUCUGUGGGCUAAAAUUAUAUGAAAUAUAUACAGAAUUUGUAGAUUUUGGGAGUAAAAGGGCUAACUCUUUACACCCCUUAACAUCAGUUUGCAUAUUCUCCAUACUGUUCUCUAUACAUUUUCUAAAGUGCUGACAAGGAGAAUUUGUGUAACAGUCAAGAGUGUCUUAAGUUGGUGAUCAUUUCCUUUAUUCUUGUUACAUUAAUGUGUGAUUCAGGGGUAGAACUGUAAGGAGAAAUAAGAUGCUGAUCAGGUUAAGUGGUUACAGGAUCAAGAGAUAAGAAUGAGAAAGAAACAGGAGAAUUGUUUCUACAUCUGAAUGAAAAAAAGCUCUGGGCCAGGUUGUUCAAAGCAGGGUUAAGAUAAUGCAGAGUUAGUGUAAAAUUUGAUUAAAGAUCUGAAAGUUUGUAAAGAACAUUUAGUUUAACUCUGUUUGUCUUCAAUUUGAUGAUUGGUGAUGGGAUGUUCUUAAAACAAAAGAGAAAAAUUGUCCUUAAAACAGCUUUUAAACAGAGAAAUAUAAAAACCUAGGUAGAUUAAAAUUUAACCCUGGGUUAGCUAAUCAGCCUUCAAGCAACUGGGCCCAGGCCAUUAAAAUUCUGCCAGAAAUGCAAUGCUUCCAAAGGUAUGAUGCAGCUCUCUUAAACUUUUAACCCUCUAACUCCCAGAAGUGACUAACAUAAUUGUAACUUCUCUCUGUGGUAUCCAUACAUCCAUACAUUAUCCAGCAAACAGGUAAUGGGAAUACUCAAACUUAUCUUGUAGAAGUUAUCUUGAUCUAACAUCAAAUUCUUAUUAUUAAAUUACAAGGAAAUGUGUAGCGCCUAGAGGGGAGAAUUAACAAACCAAUCUUGGGAGUUAAAGGGUUAAAUCCUAAGAGUAACUAGCAUCUAAUUUCUCCUUACAGUAUAACUACUGAACCAUUCUUUAGAAUCAUGAGAGGAAAGUAAAUAAUCGCCAACCUGAGGAGCUUUGAUUGUUAAACAAAUUCUCCUUGUCAGCACCUUAAGAAAUGUAUAGAGAAGAGUAUGGAGAAUGUAGAUACUGAUCAGAGGGUGUACAAGGUUGAAAACAGCAUUAACCAAAUAAUGAUCAACAUAUAAUGACAUGUAUUUCUUUCCUUUUUAACAGUGAUUGCUGAAGAAACUGAGAUAGUCCAACCUUUCUUACUUGGCUGUGAUACCAAGAGUCUCCGAGUGGUACAAAUUUCUCUGACAGCUCUUCAGCGGCUUAUAACCAAUGAUGCUUUAUCAGAGGUUUGCACACCAUCCUGAUUGUUAAUAUAAAGAAUUUGAUAAUAAUAACUACAAUGCUGGGUAAUUUUAUUAAGCUCAUCCAGUUGAGAGUAAUCCUGAAAAGCAUUGUUGUUGAUUGUAAUGACUGAUGUUUAGACAAGCUGAGCAGAAGUUAAUAUCAGAGUCAAGUAAAGAGCUAUUUGUCAGUCAAGUGCUUAAAGUCUGUUUCAUGGACACUGAGCUAUCAGUUUUUGCCGUGAUGUUUUUGGCUUAAAAAGUUUAGAAGCAUAAAUCAUUUUCUACCCAUCAAUAAAGCAAGGUAAUUCUGUGAAGUUUGUUUGCUGUACUUGUAGAGGUGGUAGUUUUCAGCAUCUGUCAAGAGCAAUUUAUUAAAUUGUUGAGAUUAUUCAAUUCUUUGUAAAAGCAGUGCUACUUCCUUUUUCAUGAAGAAUCAUACCCUAAAAUUACCCCAUUAAUACCAUCAAGCUCCUUUUGUCAAACAGGGUCUCAAUAGGGUGAACUUUUAGCAGUAAAACCACCAAAAAACUUAGCUGUUAGUUGUAAAAAUUGACAAAUUUUAACCAUUUAUCUUAAACAAAGUUGGACAUAAAAUUUUUUUCCUAUCUACAAUGUGUUGAGAGGCCUUGUGUUUGAGAGCACUUAGUCAGUGACAGAGCCGCUCACAUUUUCAAGCAUCUGCAAGAUUCUGCACAUUAUCACACUUUGUGUUCAGCAGAUAACUACCAUGUUUUGGAUCACACCUCUACUGGUUUUCAACUUAAGAUAAAAGAGGCUAUUCAUAUUCAAAGAGAACAACCAUCCUUGAAUCAAUAAUUACACCACAGUCCAUGUAAAUCUAAAACUAUCCUUUUAAUUCUCACACUUAUCACUAUUAUCAUCAUUAGCAUUGUUCUACUUGCUAUACAAUUCAACUUCCAAUGCUUUGUACAUUAAUUAACUGUCACUUUCUUUAAAUUCUUGACUUGCCUGCUAAUAUCAAGACCCUUUGGAAACUACAAUGUGUUAUUUUGAAAUUGUCAAAUUACCCAUUAACUGUUAAGUGGACAUUAUUUUAAAUGUUAGCCGUGCAAACAACUACCCCAUUGAGGCCCUCUUAAACUGGAAAGCAUUUCCUUUAGCUAAAUUUGUUUUACUAAAUAAUAAUAAUAAUAAUAAUGAUAAUAAUGAUAAUAAUAAUAAUAAUUUAUUUCUAUAGCUCAUUUCCUAACACCCAAAUGUGCUUUACAGUGUCAAAUUAUCAUAACCUAUAAUUAAAUAAAAAUUUAAAGUCUAAAAAUAUGCUUGCCGAAAAAGAUAGGUCUUAAGCUUAGCUUUAAAAAUAGAGACAGAUGCACUGCAUUUAAUCUCAAAUGGAACCAAGUUCCAGAGGUAAGGCACGCACACUGAGAAAGCCCUCAGGCCAGUCAAUUUGUGCUUGUAAUAUAGGUGACUCCAGUUUAACACCUGUUAACACCUGUUACUUUAUCUCUUUGUUGCAGUCGUCAUCUGUUAACCUUGUUAGCGCACUGUGGCAGUUGAUGGAAGGAGGAUUAGAAGAAUUACGAAUUCUUCAGACUAUCAUUCUUCUUAUAACAACUUCAAAUAUUGUUCAUGGGGAAAACCUUGGGAAGGUCAGUAAAUUUUGCUUAAUUGGUGUGUACUUAAAAUCCUUUGACCCUUAAGAGUGAUCAGCAUAUAAUUUCUCUUUACUAGAUCACUCUCUGAAUCACACUUUAAGGUCAAGAGAAUAAAGUUAAUGAUCUUCAGCUGUAGAAGCUCUUGAUUGUUAGACAAAUUCUCCUUGUCAGCACUUUAGGAAAUGUAUAGAGAACAGUAUGGAGAAUAUGCAUAUUGAUGUCAGGUUGUAAAGGGUUAACACCAAAAGGAGGCCAAGGAGCACCAAAAUCCACUGGUCUACUUAAUUAAGACUGAAAAAAAUCUGCUGUGACCUAAUGAUUUACUCUACGAAGUCAUGAAAUUGAUCAAUUUUAAAAUCCCUGAACCUCAUCUCAGUCUCAAAGUAGUGUGGAAGUAUUGUUGCUAGUUUAAUAUUUACAGUGUGUAGGACGAUAAAAUAACCACGACCCUUUCUUAACCCUUUACACCCUAACAUCGGUAUGCAUAUUCUCCAUACUGUUCUCUAUACAUUUCCUAAUGUGCUGGCAAGGAGAAUUUGUUUAACAAUCAAAAGGUUUUUCGGUUGAUUGUCAUUUCCUUUAUUCCCAUGACCUUAAUGUUUAAUUCAGGGGUGAUAUUGGAAGGAGAAAUUAGAUGCUAAUCACUCUCAGGUAUUAAAGGGUUAAACAUCAAAAACGUUGGGAAUUAUGAUUAGCUCUAACUUUUGGGUGCUACAACAUUCUGCAGUUACCUUAAUGUAUGAUGUGUAAAGUGCACAAAACUCUUAAGUCUAUCACUGUAAAAGUUAGAUGGGCACAGUAUUAGAAUUACCAUUUUAUAAUUUGGUUAGAGUAUAAAUUCUCCUUACUUUUCCUCUUCUUAGGCCAUGGUCUUGUGCUUCAAGUUGUACUUCAUUAAAGAUGCAACAAUCUGUACAACAGCGGCAGCAACUGUGAGGCAGAUGGUGUCAGUGAUAUUUGAAAGAGUUAUUACUGAGGAUAAACAAGGCCUGGGUACUAAGCUCUUUGACCUAUGCACUUAAUAACUCUGAACUUUUACUUACCUUUAAUUUUUAAAUUAAACUACUGAUUGUGUGAUACCCUCAAGAAUCCAGGGCUGUUCUUCUUAAGAAAUGACUGGGUAUUAAUAACUUGUAGCACCUGUGGUUGUGAAAAGUGCCACCCUGGAAUUUUAGUCAAUGAGUUUGUACAUAUAUACAUGUGAGAUACAUGUUAUAAGAAACUCUACCAUACUAUUAACCCUAAAAGUUAGUAGGCUGGACUCUGGAUUGAGAGGUCUGGGUUCAAGACCUAUUGUGUUCUUGGACAGGACACUUUGCCCUCACUGUGCCUCUCUCCAACUAGAAGUUAUAAAUGGAUACCAGCAGUCAGUCAGGGUAGUGUGAAGCAUCUUAUCAUAGAGAGUCAAGGGGAUUAGAACUUCAAAAAUUAUCAAAUUAUUAAAUUUUUUCAGCAUCAGCCUGUUGUGAUAGUCUGUAUUGUAAAUUUUCCAGUUUCUCAGGAUGUAGAAGAAACAGCAGGAUCAGUGCGACACAAGAACUGUCCAGUCAGUCUGCACCCAUGUGGAAGGGAUGCUUAUCUUCUAUUUCAGGUAUAUACAUACCUCUUAAUAACCGAGUGUGAGGUCUGUACUGUAACUUGUAGACUUAGUUUUUGCUCAGAUUUAUGGCCCCAGCCCGAAGCCUGCAAGCCAAAAAUUAGAGCAGAAAAAUGAGGUUUCGUAACUUAAAGUAUGGAAUGAGGAAAAGAAGUUAUUAAGAUAUGUAUUAUGUAUUUAGGUUCAAAUAGAGAGGGAAUAAUAAUUAUUUAAUUCAAACAAACUUUUGAAUUUAGCAGGCCAUACAGUGAAAUACAUCCUGCUAAAUUGACCAAUUAUGGUGCAUGUACUAACUGAGUAUGGAACACACAAAUUCAGAAGGUCUUGAUAUCAAAAGCCUCCUUGGAAAUUUAUAUUGUCUGUGAUAGUUAACAACUUCCCUGUGAAUUUUAUUUUAGGAUUUAUGUCAACUGACAAAUGGUGAACAACCUUACUGGUUGAAUGGUAUCACUGAGAUGACAAGAACAUUUGGAUUAGAGCUGCUUGAAAGUGUGCUCAGAGGUUACCCGAAUAUAUUUCUCAAGGUAAAUUAAAUUCUGAGCUAUCCAGGGCCCAGUUGUACAAAGGGCAGGUAAUGCUAUCCAAAGGAUAAAUCACUAUCCAGGGGAUGAGUGACUAUAAAACAUACUGCACUAUCCAUUGGAUAGAGAUUUAUCCAGUGGAUAGUGUCAUCUGACCUUCGAACAACCAGGGUCAGAUGUUAAAAACAAUAAGGCAUAAAGAUCACAAGUUAAGAUGUUUCAUGAGAGAUCUGAAACCCACAAUUAUGAUGCAAGGAUUGACAACAACAUAAGCUUCCCAAAGUGCUGCAAAAAUCACUUUCCAGAAAGUUUUCCAAGUAGAAAUUAAUCAUUAUUUUUUAAGUUUUCUGUAGCAAUUGACGUCUUGUUUAUGAUAGAUUGGACAUAAGUAAUAUAGAGUAAUCGGUAUUUGUUUUUCAGUUUUUAAUCAUUGUUGUAAUUUGACCCAAAGAUCCCUCUUGGGGAGUCCCAGUAAAGAUGUUGUAUUGUAUUUUAUUGCAUUCAUGAGGGGCUGAUUACCAUUAUAACUUCAAACUGGGCAAUUGGAGUAAGACAUGAUGUAAUCAUCAAUCAGGCUGAGAAAGCACAACUCUUAUUCAUCAGUUUUAAAAUCAUUUGGCUCUGUUUUUUUUUCUUCAGCAUCCAGAGUUCAGCUUCCUUCUGAAGGAAAGGGUAUGCCCUCUAAUUAUCAAGUUGUUCUCUCCAAGCAUCAAACAUCGCAUAAGCUCCACUCCAUUAGAGAAGCCUCUUUAUCCAGUGGCUGUUAGACUUCUGAGAAUUGUCUCUGUCCUGAUCGAGAAAUUUUACACUCUUCUGGUGAGCUGUUUAAUUUUUAUAUUUAAUUUCAUAGAUUUCAUUUUAGUCUUAAAAGAACAGUAAUGGACUGAUUCCUUGAACAUGACCAACAUGAACCCUCUUACAAUUAGCAUGUAGAAAUACUCACAGAUCUGAUGUUUUUGCACAAAUCGAUGUAUCAAGUUGUCUUUUGGAGGGUUGCAACAUUCAACAGGGAACUUAAUUUACUUCCCCCCUUUACACCUUAAUGUCAGUAUCUACAUUCUCCAUACUCUCAGGACUCUAAAUUUUUCCUUUGGUACUGAUGAGGAGAAUUUGUUUAAUAAUCAAAGCCUCUUAGGUUGGCAAUCAUUUCUUUUUUUCUAAUGAUCUUAAUGUAUGAUUCAACACUGUAAGGAGAAAUUAAAUGACGGUCACUCUUAGUGUUUAAAGAGUUGAAUAUUUUUAAUUUAGGUGUUAACUUGCUAUUAAAAAGUGCUUGAGAGGUGGUAAAUAACAGGGCUGAUGGUUGAUAGCUACCUAAAAUUUAAAUUGCUUGAAAUACAUGCACAGUACCUUGACAUAAGGAUUUAUUGUACUUGCUAUCGAAAAGUUCAACGAGUGAACCAAGAUUAACUUUUUCUUGGAUAUUUUUGGUUAUAUCACAGGUAACAGAAUGCGAGAUAUUUCUUUCUCUCUUGGUGAAGUUCUUGGAGCCAGAUAAACCUCAGUGGCAAAGAGCACUGGCUCUUGAAGUUCUUCAUACCCUUACCAUCCAGCCAGCCUUGCUGAGGUAAGUUAUUGUUGAAUCCUCUCACUUUAACCCUUAAACCCCAGAAGUGAUUAACAUGAAACUUCUCCCUAUAAUAUCCAUACAUUAUUCAGCAAACAAGUAAUGAGAAUAUUCAAACUUAUCAGGUAGAAGCUGCUAUCUUGAUCUAGCACCAAGUUCUCAUAACUAAUUUACAAGGAAAUGUGUAGCAGCUACAGGGGAGAAUUAAUAAUCAGUUCUUGGGAGUUAAAGGGUUAAUGAGCCAUCCGUUUUCAAAUUAUUACCCACUUUACAACUCUUAUGUCAUGCUGCAAAUACAGUUAGAUGUUGCACUAAAUUUUGAGGGCAACUUUACAUUUUGUUCUGAGUCUAUUUGAACUGCAAGCAGAAUUCUUAGUUAGGAAUUUGGGUCUUAGAAUUAUGUAACAGGGCUCAAAAUAAUUCCUUUUUUGGAGAGUUGGCAGUUUUGCAGGCUGGCCGAACAAAUUUUAGUUCGGUCACAUAUCUUUUCUGACCGGUCAAAUAUUUAAACUUUUGAUUUUUAAGUAAUGGUCCGUUAGAACUAUUGCCUUGUAUGCCCAAAAACUCCUUUCUUAAGGGUAUAGAAGUUUGAUCGACCCAAGGUAUCACGCGUGUACGCUAUUUGCAUUGAUACAAGCAAUGGCCUCUGUGCUCUAUUUGGGACGAAAGAUUUUUGACUCAACAUUCAAUUUAUUUUCUGAUGAAUUCGUUUUCUUAAUUUUUUUAUUAGACAAAACACACUGCGAACACGUAGUUUUCUUUGAAACACAAAAAUUUUCCAAACCUAUGUCUCGUGUUCACCGUUUCGUGAGUUUCACAAUAAAUACUUUCUCACCUGUAGGUCAUUUUGUCUCUUCUACGACAUGCAAGAGCAUUCUACAAGAAUCUUCCAUGAUAUGGUGAAUGCUCUAACGAGUUUUACCCAGGGAAUAUUCACCAACCUGUCAAUGCACAGCUCGUCACAGAACACAGCUCACCUGCCGAGUGCGAACACGAUCCAAACACCCUCCAGUGCCCCUCCCCCAUCAGUUGUGGCGUUGAGUGCAAUGGGCGGGGUCACCCCGCAACCUGGAUUCUCCUAUAGGGGUGCAUGGAUACCCCUGUCUGUUUUGCCCGUUUUAGGACAAGCUAAACCUGUUUAGUAAGUGUUCUUGAGAAUCGCCCCGAUUGCUUCUCUAAACUUUUCACUUAUGCAUUGUUUGGUGGAGGUUUGAAUUAUUUUAAACAUUUCCACGAUCAAAUCUGCAGAUUUAUGCCUGUUUUUUUCUCCAGAAGGUAGCCAACCCUCUAGGAACUCCUGCAGCUACAGGAGGGACCCCAAAGGGGAACCCCUUCCAAAGAUGGUGGGAAACCUCUGUAGAACGCCUUCCCGUGGGGGAGGAAACCCUUUGAGGAACUUCUUCCCGUGGGGGAGGGAACCCUUAGAGGAACCUCUUCCCGAAGGGGAGAGACUAAGUUGCUUGACGCAGCCAAACAACAGCUGCAAAAGACACUAAUUAACCGGUCAAAUAACCAAGGUUUUAAGGUUUUGUGGACGUUACUUCGUGUUCAGCCGCGCGCUUUGCUAAAGAAAAUCGGGAAGGGGCGUCUUUGAUUUUUCAGUGAUAAUCGUGUUCAAAUACCAGACGAUAUUUUUCUGUAAUUUGUGGAGAUGAAUGGACUAGCUAUCGUUCGCAGAUCAUUGAGACAUUGAAACGACGAGUUUCAGGGCCGCACAAGAGACUAGUUAGUCUUUAGCCAAUUACAAAAAGGUACCAUGUUUUUCUUUUCCUAGCCUUGAACAGUUAGAAAAAGAAAAUUCAUCGAUCUCCGACGGCUACACACUCUCCAUUGCGUUUGCUUGUUUGCUGGAGAUCGUCAAAAGUCUUGAUGUGCUUGUACAAGAAAACAAUGGUGUGUCAAGUGCUGCCGAAGGGAUGGGGUGGAUUGAGCCUGAUGCAUCAGGAGCAGCCAUUGAAACCGGAGUGGGAACUGACACCAUCAAUGAGAAUGAUAAAGGUAAGGAAAAGCUUUUGUUUGUGAAUGACCAAGACAGAAUUUUUCCUUACAAUAUCGAUAUAAUAUUAAGCAGACAAAUGAUGAGAGAAAAUUAGGAGAUUAUUUCUUGAUCCAGCUCCAAAUUCUCCGAACUUAUGUUAUAAGAAUUGUAUAGCAGACAGAAAGGGGAAUUACGAAUGAGAUCUUUGAAGUGAGAGGGUCAAAGUGGAGCGAUUUCUCUCUGAAAUUAAUCCAAGAUUGCUUCGUUUUCUUGAAAUCUCUAUUCUUUUAUUUCCUUAAGUUUCUGAAAUGGUCGUAAAAUUAGUUAAAAGAGCAUAAAUAUGCUUUGGAAUUUACAGUAGAGAUUAGAGGUAAAUUAAGCUGCGAUAGGUCUGUUAUUUCAUUACAGCUAUGUGUCUCAAAUUUUCCAUAUUUUUAAUGUAGAAAAGAGAAAGUUCGUUUCAAAUCUCUCGAUUAAUUCAUUCAGCUAAAAAGACUUUUAAAGACAAGUACAGUUGGUUACAAUAGACUCUUUCCAUCACCAGGAAAAACCUGUGUCUUGCUUAUAUACUGAAUUUUACAAUUUGAUUCUCUGCUUUCGUUAUACUUCUUUGAAGUCAUUAAACUAUCAGAAGUGAUUAACAUGUAACUUCUCCCUAUAAUAUCCAUGCAUUAUCUUGCAAAUAGGUCAUGAAAAUACUCAAACUUAUCAAGUAAAUGUUAUCUUGAUCUAACACCAAAUUCUCGUAAGUAAUUUACAGGGAAAUGUAUGGCAGCUAGAGAGGAGGAUUAACAGUCAGAUAUUGGGAGUUAAAGGGUUGAACGGAUUAUUUUUUUUAAACUCCUUCUUAAUGUCUCGCUUGAAAAGAGCAUACGCUAAGGGAUUCACUGCAGAGUUAAGUAUUAAAAUAGGCAGCUUGUAAUUGAAAUCACCGCAACUGGAAUCCUUUGAAAUUACCAUUACAAGGCUACAUUUCAGGUAAAUGCCAUAACAAAUGAGAAACACUCCAAUUGCAAUAGCCAUCAUUUUGACUGCAGACUUUCCUUGAGUUUUAGCCACAAGUCGAUGGUUAAAACGGAGCUGUUUUGCAAGCCUGCGGAUGGCAUGGCCUUGUUUGAAAACAACACACAACAUUGAUGUUAAAUAAAAUAAUAAAAAUACACACAAAACUACUUCAAAAAUCAUAUACAACCAUCCAGUGACAUGGAGAGCAAGAGUUGUUUCUAAUCUGUAUCGAAGUAGUGACACAAGUGCAAUAAAAAGAGCGGGGAUUGCCCAGGAUAAGAGUAUUAUUUGUAUGACUCGGCUGCGCCUCAUGAUAGAUAGGUAUUUUAACGGCCUCACAACAGCUAGGUAGCGUUCGAUGACUAAACCACACAGAUUUGUCCCAGACGAGUAUUGGAAGAACACCCUGGUAAACAUCAUAGGUAAAAAGUGGUCGAUUGGCUCACACCAACUCGCCAACUCGCAGAAGAAAUGUGAAGGAACUGUAGUCAAUCCUAGGAAAAAAUCUGCCACUGCUAAGGAAACAACGAACGCGUUGGUUUUGGUACGAAGAUGUCGAUUCCAGCAUACGAGGAGGAUCACAAAUCCAUUACCGAUAACUGUGAAGAUGGUGAAAAUCCAAGAUAUAAUCCAAGCCCAUGUUUCCAUUUUCUGUGAAACGCUCUCGCUGUUGAUAUUGCUAAUGAUCUAAAACAGAGAUUGCAUUAUCAUGUUUGCAAAAGGUUGUUUUAAACCAUCUGCUCUCCCUAGAGUUAUUUACAAUUUUGUCUUUGCAUUGAAAAUAAUAUUACCACUUUUAUUCAAAUUUUUCAAAUUAUUUUGUGUGCAGGCGGUUGUUUAAACCGUCUGCUCUCCCUAAAGUAAUGUACAAUUUUCUUUUUGCAUUGAAAAUGCAAAAAGCAAUUUUCAUCAUGCAACUCGGUAAAAGUCCUUCUUUCGCCUAGGUAAUAUAAACUGAUAGCAUCAAAAAUUAAUUGGUUGUUUGAGGAUGUCUAGCACUUUGUUAUCGCAUCGGAACUUUCUUUCGUUUCAUCAUAGUGGUGAACAAAAUGAAACAAUUAUGACGAAGAAAUUAAUCCUUUCCGUCAAAAACUGUAAGCCCAUACAGCUAAUUUAAUAGCUCUUAUGACUUGACUUUUAUUUCUACGCUCAUAAUCGCACGCAACUCAAAUAAUGGAAUCAAGAAAAAAAAAGACCCUCACUAACCAUAUCCUUGUCCAAAAUGACGGUUGAAAAGUAAACGAAGCGUUAUUAAACAACACGUGAAAUACAUAAUAGCGUCCGUGUUGUUAGUAACUUUUAAACAGUUUCGUUCUGCCAGUUUCAGUUCCAGCUAAUAACAUGUUUAAUCUAAAUAUAGAAAAACUUAUGGAGAUAUUUGUAUUAGGGGGGCCUUUUCUUUUAAUAUCAACAGUUUCAGACUGUCGAAUCUUUCUUUAAUUAGUCAUCAUUGUGUUGGUCACUUCCUUUCAACGAGUUUUUCAGUAACUCUUGCAAUUAACGUAGUAGGUAUAACAUGGAGCAUGAAUAAAUCUAAGUUCCGUAGAUAUGCACUGAAACAAGUUGCAGUAACGUUGACAAGAAAAUAACUAAAAAGAAAAGCGAAAUUUAAUUUAAUUAACAUAUGGCAUGAUCAGCAUACGGCAUAAGCAUAUAAUUUUUCAUUAAUUUUGGGAAUUGCACACAGCCAGAUAGUAGUUUUAUGUGCUAAUAAAUUAAUAUUUGGUUUUUUUUCUUCUUUUGUAUGUGCUCUUUUUCUUUGACAAAGUUAUUGCAAUUAGGUAUAAGUAAUAAUCUUAGACUCCAUUUAUGGCACGGCUGUUAAGAGCAGCUUUGAAAUAAAAAUAAUAAUUCGCUGCGUUAGUGUUCUAGGGAGUUCAUUCCAAAAACGACACCUGGCUCUUUAUUUUAUUAUUAUUUAUUUAAUAUGAAAUAUUCUUGUAUUUCAAUCAUUUAAAGAAAGUAGCAGUACUUAGUAAUUAUGAAUUCAUUCUGUCUAAUUUGUACACCUUGGAAUGCUAUGUUAGAGCGUGCAUUAGAUAAUAUCGAUUAGUCACCGCGCUUGUUUUUAACCAUUUAGGGCAGUAAUUAAUGACAUGAUUACUUUGCUGGUUUUUAGAGUAAUUUUCAAAAGUCGAAACGGUGAUCCGGGAGUUCUUUGGUUUUGACUAACUUCGAUUUGUGAUUGGUCUAGAAAACUGGCGCCAUGCUCUAAAGCAAUCAAACGCCAAAUGAAAACCAGUCAUGACUUGACUGCGAUUCUCCUUGUUUUUACUUUAAGUCCUGAUUGGCUAAUGAUGUCUCAAACCUUCGUAAUGAUUGGCUGUUGUGAUUACUUUGGGUUUGGUUUUACGACAGUCAUCUUUUAACUAUUCUAUGAUAGCAAUCGAAUCUUGACCGAUAUGUAUGCCGGGAAGAAUAUCAAUAAAACUUGAGCAUACAUGUAGCUUGUAUAUGGAAAUAGCUAAGAAUCGUUUUUAAAAAGCUGUCAUUUUUUAAUGACAAAUUUGCCAAGAGAAAAAAAAAGAAAGAAAGAAAACCUGAACUGUUAAAAUAACAAAUAAUAAUUCAAAAACGUUACCUUUCCUGAAUUUUAAUGUUUUUAUUUAUUCAUUUUUCAGGAUCAAAGGCACCAGAUUUAUUUCAGGAGAUGGUGUCGGCCUCGUGGUGUGGUAUUUUGGCGUCACUUUCUUUACUGUUGGAAGCAAGGUACUGAAUCGCGCAAUAUUUUGAUUGGAAAACGCAUAAACUUUUUACCGAUCGUAGCGGUAAGAAAACCUCUCUGGAGGGAUCCCUUAGCCUAAAUUAACUUCCCGCAUAAGAAUUUAGAGCGAAUAAUAUAACUGUUCCAGUAUAGAUCCACUAGUUCAAACGUUAACAACAAGACGGGCUCGUGAUUUUAUUCACUAUCGCCCAUAACUGCUCAUAAUUAGGCUACUCACUUCACUCAUUAUCUAUCACGGAAUAAUUCGGGAGUAGCGUUACCAAUCACAUGACAGCAUUUGUAAUAGAACACUGGUCGAUUUUUACUAAUACUGAAAAGCCACAGGAAAUAUUUAAUGUAUUCGUUAAUUGGAUCACGUCUAGGAAGUAAAAGGUUUUUGUCAGUGCUGAUGCGAUAAAAUGUCUUGCAGCAAUGAUGAAACAGUCACGGAAUCCAUUCUAAAAUCCUACCAGCUUUACGCCAACGUCUGUGGUAUAUUGAAUCUUACAACUCCAAGAGAUGCUUUUAUCACAUCACUUUGCAAGGCAGCACUGCCCCCACACUACACCCUGACAGUAGUCAAUCCCCACUCUGGUACCGCACAGGUUUCUUAUGUCAAGAUGCCAAUUAGUGGGUCUCAGGCUCUCUUGGAUCCUCAAGGAGGAGAUCACCGGGCUCUGGGUAAAUCACCGACCAACUCAGGGGAGACUGGUUUUGGUGCUGUGGUCACAGGGACCCCACUUGGCUCUAGUCAUGGUCCAGUGUCGGUGAGUAAAAACGUUGGGUAAAUGACGUCAUUCUAGUCAUUUAACGGCAAUACUGUAUUUGAACUACAGUCUAAACUUCUUAAGUCUGACAUUUGCAAUCAUUUACAAAGAGGGGUGUCAAUAACUUUUUUCAUAACCAACUGCCGAUGGUGGAAUAGGCGAAUGUAACUUAAGGUGAAACCGAAACACGAGAGCCUGUAGGCUGAACAGUCAGCGGUGAUUACCUUGAAACUAAUGAUGUAUUUAUUUCCAGUUGACAGCGAAGAACAUCCAAUGUAUGCGAUCGUUAUUGAGCCUUGCUCACUGUCACGGUGGAAUUCUGGGUACAGCGUGGCACAUGGUUCUUACCACGCUUCAGGUGAGACAAGAAUCAUUGAUGAAUUUCGGACUCAAAAACUGAGAAAUGAAGGGUUGAGAGACUAAGGAAUGAGACAAAAAGGAAUGAGAGAUAACGGACGAGAUUUGAAACAAAAAGAGAGGAAGACGUUAAGAGAGAGGGAAAGAAAAUUGAGGAAUGAGAAGUGAAUAAAUGGGAGAUGAGCGAACGAGAAAUGGAGGAAUGAGAAAUGAAAAAAUGAAAGUUAAAGGAGUGAGAAACGAAACGUAGAUUAUUGCAAAUCUAGGUGGCUCUGAACCAACGAUACAAUCUUUUUUGUUGUUGUUGAAUUUUACCCAAAGCUAUGUGUUGGCUCACAUAGCCGGCUGAACUUAAGGGUUUUUCUAAGAAGCUUAAGGGUUGUUAUGGCAACUUACCACGUUGGGAAAACAAAUUGUAUUUAAAGAUGAUUGGAAGUUGUAUGAUACUUCAUCUGAAGUCACGAAUGGAAAUUUAUGGUCUCAUUUAUUCUUAAAGCAAGAGAUGUUGAACAAAAAAAACUACAAUUUAUAUCUCAAUAGCAUCUGACCUGGAUUUUGGGUCUCAAGCCAUCAACUGGAGGAACACUCAAAGCCAUGCCAGCGAGCGAGGCCCCUAAUCUGGUAACAAGUACAUUUUGUAAAGAAGGGAUUGUGAUCACAAGCGACUAAAAUGUUUAUUUUCUUUGGAAUCUCAUCACCAUUUAAGUUUCUCUAGUUCUUUAUUUGGAAUCCUUGUCGAUAAUCCUCGCUGUCCUUAAUCCACAGCCAUCUCCGUCCUUUUUUCGUUGAUUAUUACCUCUCUAGAUGUUGAUUCUUUCAUCUAGUAUCUAGUGAGUAUUUUCCCAUUUUUCCAUCGCUAUGCGAAGAUUUACGUCAGAUUUUACGACGCAAAAAUACAAAAAAUUGCAACAAAAACAGCAACAGCAACAAUAAAAACAACAAAUGAAAUAUCGUAGCCUGGUUUUCAAAGGGAUCUGAUGUGCACGAAAACCGGGCUCUUUUAUUUUCAAAUUUGAAUAUGAAAGCAAGUCAUUCAUUUCCUGUGGCAAGUAAUCCAAUUUUUGUGCUGCUUCAUAGAAAGGUUAUCUCUUCUUUUAAGUAGCUUUCGUCAGUUUUUAUUCAUCGUAGUUUUCAUGCACGGCUGAAAAUGUCAUUUGUGACUCUGUUAAUGGCUAGCUUUGUCUCUUCCAGGUUAUAACACAAACAAUGAUGGCUGAACUUCCAGUCUUGGCUGCAAUCUUAUCAAGACUCUUUGAAACAUCUAAGUACGUUGUCGUAGAAGAAUUACUUAUUUCGCAUUGGAGCAAUUUUUAGUCGAGUGAUGAACAUAGUCUGGCAUUACUUUGCUUUGCUUUAGUUCGCUUCUUUAUCGGUUCAGGAAACUCCCUCCACCGUCUCGACCAGUCAGAUGCGAUACUUGAACCAAUCGCGAAAUGUUCACUUUCAUCUUCACUGAAAUUUUUCCGAUUUCAAAAGGCUUUCCGAGAAAAAAAAAACGCAUAGUUGUUAUGCAGGCGUAUCCGUGGCCUUUUCUCGUCAACACGUCCUCUAUAGCUCAAUUGGUAAGGUAUCCAAACUCAAAAUCGCAGGAACUCGCUACAGUUCGACUGGAUUCAUUCGGGAACUUUGAUUGUUUCGUAUGUUUUUAGAUACCUGGAUGACGUAGCCCUCCAUCAUCUUGUAGACGCACUUUGUAGAUUGUCGUCUACAUCCAUGGAACAAGCUCAAAGCAAUAAGGUAACAGAAAAGUUUAGAGUAAAUUUCAUGGCUCUAGUUCGAUCGAUUUUCAAACUUGAAAUGUUCAUCCGGGGUUUCCAAGUGCUUGACAGUCUUCUCCAUUCGUUGCCACCCUUUUUCCUUUUAGUUUAUUAUGGUCUCCUUUGUUUUGUUAAAUCUAAGCGAAAUAAUACUUAUUGUCGUUCAUUUUAGGAACCAUCUCUCUUCGCCGUUGCUAAGUUAUUAGAAACAGGCCUAAAUAACCUUCACCGCGCACGCGUUUUGUGGAAACCGCUGACCGCACAUCUGUUGGAGGUAAGUUUUUUCACUGCGACGAAAAAACGGAAGUUGUCUUUCCAACCUUUACCUCUGUAGGUCCUUUGUGGCUGUCUACUACUUCUCGCCUGUACCACCAUUCAUGGCUUAUAAGUUUGUUUUUUGUUUGUUUUUCAAGGUUUGCCAACAUCCUCACACUAAAAUGAGAGAAUGGGGCGCCGAGGCGGUGACGUCAUUGGUUCGCUCAGCUCUGACGCAUGACCACGAUCCACCAUUGAAACAAGACUUGGUAAGUCACGUGGUAGAUAUUAUAGGCCAGCCUCGUUGUAUAGCAGUGUUAGAUCAUUGAACUCGUUUGCUUCUGAAUGGUGAACGGAUGGAUGGACACUGGGAAAGAAAAAGAAGGGCUAAGGGUCGGAAUCCUAUAAAAUUUAGGGCAGUGUACCAAUCUUUAUCAACUUACAGUUGAUAGCCAACUAAAUUUAAUACAGAGAUAGACACUCUCAAAUCCGAAGUAAUCAUGGCUAAUUAGAGGAAAAGAAAUUAUCACAAGCAGCCAAUGAGAACUCUUUGUAAAAACCAAGCAAACUGCUUGAAGCGCGGGAAACCGCAUUUGGUUUGAGGUUUGAAUCUGAUUGGUUGAGAAAGUGGCGCAACUCUCUGGACCAAUCAUAUAGCGAAGUUAAGCAAAACCAAUGCAAUCCCCGAUUACUUAGUUUAAAAUUGCAAGUCUAUACGAAUCGUUUAGUCAACCAGUCAAACACAUGGAUAGACAAUGGUAGACACUCAGACAGGUUCUUGCCAUAGAUCAACUAUGAUUGUACAGCGUCUGUGGUGUUGCUCUCAUAGGGAAAACGGAAACUAACGCUAUUAUCUUCCCUCUGUCCUCUUCCACAGCAAUUACAGUCCAUGCUUCUGGGUCCACUCCAAGAAAUGUCCACCAUAACUUUCUCUGAUAUUCGCUAUAAACAAUUGGAAUGUGUUCUUCAGGUGAGGGUAUUGCUCUAUAUUUUAGUUUAGAUCUAAUCUCAUUUUGUGGCUAAAUGUUUCUUGUCUGGUACAUUUUAACGUAGAAACCUCGAAUUAAAUUCAUUUACCUUAAACUGUAAAGUUAUUGAUAUCCUUUACAUGCUUGUGUUCAAAAAUGAACGGCCGCAAUAAAUUUCCAUCAGCCAUUUGAAUGCUUGAUGAGGUGCCAGCAAAUUGUUUUAUGACAUGGGCAAAUUCACCUGCGUUUAUCUAUUAACAGAAAAUUGGAACGAAAAAGCUCUCAGUUUUCUUGAAGUAUCGGGGUAAGUUUCCGAAAAAUUCGAACUAAAGAUUAGAAAGUUUGUCCCGAAAGAAGACUAUACAAAUCCUUACAAAGUUCUUAUGCAUUAAAUAAAAGCCUUGUUUACUGUCCACAGAUUCUUCACUCCACUGGUCAAAAUCUUGGUCAGGGUUGGUUAUGUGUGUUGGGAGUUAUCGGAGCGGCUACCAACCAACAAGGGUGAGAUAUAUUUAUAUUUCAUGGCCUGUUGACUUAGAUAACCUGCAUCGUUCUACUGUUCUUUCUUGCGAACAUUGUAGACCUUGUUUGGCCAAUGUGAAUAUGUUAACAUGUAUAUAACUUUGAUGAAGAAUUGGAAUUCUAGGGAUAGGCUAUAUUAUAGAAUUUACCGGCAGCUGUUGAGCGGGCCUAAUUUGUGUGUGUGUGUGUGUUUUUCAAGCUAGUGAAGGAAAGCGCGAGUAACGUACAAUGCGAGGACUGGGGCAAAAAUGACGCCGUUUCUCUCGCACGACACUCCCACUUCACGUUCGCCUCGUGCUUUACUCGCGCUUGUACGUUGCUCGCCGGAAAAACGCAGAUAAAUUGCACCUUUACCGCAGCCUAUAAUGUGUUCUGUACUGACCACAGGAACAUCUUUAAGUGAUUUAUUAUGGAGAAAAUGAAAACUUUAACAAUCGGGUAUCCUUUUGGUUGUGGAGCCCUAACAGCGUAGAACCAGUUGCCUUAUGCUUAGGUGCACUAAUACGUCGAUUCUUCUCCCACGUUGUUACAGGGAAGGUCUUAUUCGCGUGGCGUUCCAAAGCCUGCAGCUUGUUGUGACCGAUUUCCUUCCCUUGAUGCCUUGCACGUGCAUCAAGGUGGUAGUAGAUGUGGCGGGAAAAUUUGGCCUCCAGCCUCAGGAGCUGAACAUUAGCUUGACAGCCAUUGGUCUGUUGGUAGGUUACCGGGCUGAACGUCGGGUCUAGAGGUCUGGGCCAGAGCCAUGGUUAUUUUAUUGUGUGUUGUUUGGCAAGACACUUCACUCUCAUAGGUCACUUUCUUCACGACACAGGGGGGGGGGGGCCUAAAGAGCAAUCUGCGGGGGACGAGCAUUCCAGUUCUUUGGCUUGUUGGUGUUGCAUGUUUGGUUACUUGUUUCUCCCAGUUUGCAUCGAAGUCUUUGCAUCCUGGUGGAUUUGUGUGCCCCCGGCAUUGUUAGAAUAUUAGAUCAUUUGCCUUUAUGCCUUUUGCUUGCGGAGUUCUUGCUGGUGCGGUAGCGUUUUCAUUCUUCUUGUUUGCUUGUUUAGUUUAAGAGGCCAUUUUCAAUAUAUUAUGAUUCAAACUUGGCUUCGAGGCUUGGGGAAACAAAUCAAGGGAAAUCACAUCGAGGCUGAGGGAUGAAUAAUUAAUUUCUUUUGUUUUAUUUCCCCUAGCCUCGGAGCCAUGCCAGAAUUCCCUCUUUUAUGCAUAUAUUUUCAGUUACUUUUUAGUCUUUUCCUUUGUCUUUCUUUCCACAAGAAACCUUUUAAUUUUCGUAGCUAAAACUUCCCUUGAAAUGGGCGUAACAGCACCAGGUUUUGUCGAAAAUCAGAAAAAUUUGUAAUUUUGAUUCUUUAUCUUCGUGUUUAGUGGAAUAUCUCCGAUUUUCUCUCACAACACCGAGAAAAAAUUCGCACAGAAUUGCAAGACAUUGAGACGACCUUAAAUGACAGUGCUAAGUACGACAAACCCGUCCCCCCCUCAGACAGGCAGUGGAUGUGUUUGUAUUCCAAACUUGGUGAGCUGUGUGUCGACCCUAGGCCAGCCGUCAGAAAAAGCGCGGGGCAAACGCUGUUCUCCACCAUUAGUGCGCAUGGCUCGUUGCUGGAAAAUAUCACGUGGUACACAGCUCUGUGGAGGGUAAUCAUUGCUUUGUUAUCUGUUGAUCAAUUGCUAAUUCUCCAUUCUGGCUCAUUUAUAUUUAGUUGUCAGUUAGAAAAGAGAAUUUAAUUUGUAGUCAAGUGAACACCCCCCUCCGUCAGCUGAUCAAUUUGUCUUUUCUCUUCAAUGUAAUAUCAGAUAAUUUUUUGAAAGGAGAUGUUAUACAUUAACCUCUUCUUGGUGCCUAAAGGGUUGUAGAGAGGUUUUUUCCAUUGAUUGUCCGCUCAAGGCUCACCUCAUUCCCAUGGAGAAUGUAAGACAUGACAUACAAUGUAGUAUUCAUUUUCCAACAGGUGUUGUUUCCUUUGCUUGAGCAAGUGAAAACCAUGUCUACUUCAGCAGCUGAUGUUCCUCCUCCAAGCGAUGCAGUAAACUCAAAGAAUAAAAUCCUCAUUCACCAUUCACGUGAUACCGCUGAAAAACAGUGGGCUGAAACUCGUGUUCUGACACUCAGUGGCGUGGCGCGUGUGUUCAACAACCGGCGUCAAAUUUUGGCGGGCCUUGACGAGUUCCCGCGUGCAUGGGCGCUUUUGUUGGAGUUUAUUGAGUCUGCGGCUUUGAGCAAGUCCGCUGAAGUUGCACUGGCGGCUCUCAAGAGUUUUCAGGACAUCGUUCAAGAUUCGUCAGAAAGUCAAGAGGGUGCUGGCGCAAAUUCCUCGAAUACAGAAGACAACGGAAAGGACAAAAGAGUAGCAAAGGGAGCUGCUAAACUUAAAGUUAAACCCAAGUUUUGUGAGGCAGCAGACGAGGAUUUAAAUCUAUGGACGAACGCGUGGCGUGCUUGGUACAACAUCGGCAUAACAAGCAUGUCUGAGGCACAUAUCGUCAGAACUCGCAGGGACUCUUCUGGAAAAAUCACUACAGCUAGAACUUACCCUGCGCAAGCUUUCCUGGCAGCUUUAGUUCAGAUUUUUCCUUCGCUAUUCAUGAGAAUAUAUAGCCGUUUUGGCCUGGCUGAUCUACAGAAGCUUGCGCGAAUUCUACAGACUUCUGUAACUAUUCCUGUACAUAUAGAUCAGUCGCCGUUUUUAGUUCCUUCAUUUCAGGAUACUGUGUUAACAGCUUUACAACACGCUAUUCUGGAUGCUAUUGAAAUUUUGCGCGAGCCACUGCCUCAUUCUUCCAACUCGGUUCUCCACGAUUCUAAACAACCAAUGUAUCCGACACUUUUUACACUGUUGCUGCAGUUUUUCGAUUAUGCGACAGAACCUCCAAAAGUUGACGAUUCGUCUAAUGCAGAGGCUUCGAGAAGGAAGAAAAAGGAAUGGAUUAUUCUAUCGUUGACUCCGUUCUCGGAGAAAUGCAUGGAAAUGGUUGUGGUACUUUACGGGGAAUGUUUAUCUGAGCCAGCUGUUAUAGAGGAAAAAGUGUUGGAGAAAAUCAUCAAGGUACGAAAGGCAAUCAGCUUCUUAAAUCUCUUUAUAUCAUCAGUAUGUGGUUCACUCAAUAAUGAACAAAUGAUGAAAUUUUUUUUCGGAAAUUUAUGAAUUAGGUAGUUAUUUUCCGAUGUACAACAAAGUGAUUGAAACAGAAAGCAAAGCUUUUUUCAAACGUAUUUCAUAGAACAAAACCUGGGGAGAAGUUAUUUUCAAAGGACAGUGACAAAAAAGGGCAACUUUUUCAAACAUGAGGGAAUUUGAGCAUUGCUUUUAAAACCUAUGGCAAUAGCAAACGGCAAUAAUGCACUUAAAUUUUAUUCAGACGUCAAGGAAUUAAUUUUUUUUUCCGUAAGCCGUAAAUUUCAUGCUUACUUUCCUCGUGAAAUAAUCGCUUGGACAAAUUUGAACGAAUGUAGCCUUCAUAGCAGGCAGUUCUGUGUGCGCCUUAGCCACUAUCUCCCGUACCAAUCCUCUCGCGGCUUCGGUGCUUGCAUUCUUGGUCUUCAAAGCGCCCACAAAACUGCCAGCUAGCAAGUUGGAACGAACGAGGUUUACUUUCGUUCUGAGGUCCUAUGCACUUCAUGGAUUUUUACAAUUUUUGUAUUGAUCUUGUGUGGAGCCUUUUUUCUUUUGCCUGCGUGAUGAAAACAAAAAUAUUAAAUGGAUCAUAACUGUUUCCAGUCUUUGCGCAAUCCUCUUCGUCUCAAGUACAGCUGCUCGUCACAGUCCACCUGGAAGCUAGCCGUAGAUUCAUUGAUGACUGUCAUUCGUAAAGGACUCAAUGUGGCUCUUGCACGACCAGGUACCGUGACUUAAAUUGACUUAAAUGACUGUUUACUUCAUGAAGCUUAUCGUUUGUCAGGAUUGGCCACCGUACCGAGCAAGAUAAAUCUAUCUUGUCCGCUCGAGAAUGUCUACUUUGUUCUCUUUGUUCCACCCCUUCCCCCAAUAUCCCCUUCUCCUCAUUUCUCCUCUCAUCCACCUCUCCUCUCGAUAUUUUCUCCCUUUUUCUCCCUUCUCUUCCCCUUCUCCGUGUAUCCCCUUCCUUUUCUAUCUUCUUCCCCCAUUAAACCCUUCCCUAUUAUCUCCUUCCCCCAAUAUCUACUUUCCCCAUUAUCUCCUUCCCCCACUAUACCCUUACCCCACUAUCCCCUUUCCCUUCUAUCUCCUUCCCCCAUUAUCUACUUCCCCUACUAUAUCCUUCCCCCACUAUCUCCUUCCCCCUCAAUCCCCUUCCCAACUAUCUCCUUCUCCCACAAUCCCCUUCCCCCUUUAUCUCCUUCCCCCAUUAUCUCCUUCCCCCUCAAUCCCAUUCCCAACUAUCUCCUUCCCCCUCUAUCCCCUUUUCCCCCUCUAUCCCCUUUUCCCCCUCUAACCCCUUUUCCCCUUCUAUCUCCUUCUCCCUCUAUCUCCCUCCCCAACUAUACCCUUUUCCCCCUCUAUCUCCUUCCCUCACUAUCUCCUACCCCCACUAUCUCCUUCCCCCUCUAUCUCCUUUUCCCUCUAUCUCUAUCCCCCACUAUCCCUUUUUUUCCCUAUAUCUCUUUCCCCAACUAUCUCCUUCCCCCUCUAUUUCCUUCCCCCACUAUCUCCAUCCCCCACUAUCUUUUUUUCUGCUCUAUGUCCAUCCCUCAUUAUUUCAAUCCUCCACUAUUCUCUUUCCCCACCAUUCCUUCUCCUUCAUUUCCCCGUCCCACUCUCCUCUCAGAAUUGUCUAUUCUGUUUUCCCUAUCCUUAACCUUCCCCCACUAUCCCCUUCCCUUUUCCCUCUCCCUUGUCAGGUUUGUCUGACUUGUUUCCCCUGUCCUAGCCGACGAUUCAUUGAUGACAGCCAUUCGUAAAGGACUCAAUGCGGCUCUCUCACGACAAGGUACCGUGAUAUGAAUUGACUGAAAUCCACCUCCCCUUCCAUCCCUUCCCCUCUCAAUCCCCCCUCAUUCUAUCCCUUUCCAUCUCCUUCCCUCAAGUUUGCCAUUUUGUUGCAUCUUCUUCCCCUCCUUUCACUAUCCCCUUCCGCUUUUUCCCAUCUCUCCUUCUCUUAUGGUCGUUUGUUUCAUUUCCUCUGCCCUCUCCUUUAUCCCUCUGCAUCCCCCCCCUUACCCCCCAUCCCUCUCCCGUAGAAAAGGGAUUGGUCUCAUUACAUAAACGGCUAUCUCAACUUGAGGCAUUCAUGUAAUAAAACGUUCGGUGGUAAAACCUUACAGUGUCUUCAUAUGUUACAAUCAGUCUCAUCUUGGUGAAUUGUCUCUUCAAUCCUUUCCAAUGUUCACCCUCCCCUCCCUCUCCCGUCCUUUAUCCCCAAAACCUUCCCUUCUCAGAAAAAUGGUUUUGCCCGCUUACAUGGGAUAUGAUAAAACCUUAUCGUCGUUCAUAUAGUGCUCUUAGCGUCAUCUUUGUAAACUGUAUUUCCAAUCCUGUCCUUCAAUAGUACUGACGUCUCGCUUGUCCUUAUAGAUUCUUUUAGGUCCAUGUGGUACGAAUUAGCUUCAGCGUUUGAAGACUUUCUUUUUUCAGAUAUGUAAGUUCCUCCAUUAGUUUUGUAUUAAGGUAGAUUUGAAGAAGUUGUUUUUAAUCUUCGAACUAGAGCGUUGUAGCUGAAUGAAAGUCAGACGCUUGUGAAUGGGCCGGCGCAGGAAAACACACAGCACUUUACAAGAGCAAGAAAGCGCUUAAAUCGUUACAAACAAAACGUACAAUAUGACAUAAGCGCAAAAAGGUAGAUAACCUUGCACAAGAGUGGGCGAUCCCGCAAGACGUCAAAAGCGCGGUAUCAGCAAUGACAAGUAUGUGGAGUGCGUGCAUUUCUUCAGGUGUGUUUGAAUUAAAUUUCAUGGCCCACGAGUCGAAACAAAACCGCUAAAACCAGCUAUUCAACGCAUAUUAAAUUAAGACUUUGAACAGCUUAGUAAUCACAAUAAAUAAAACGUUAGCCCUACACCUCCCCUGAUGAAACGCAUGUUUGAUUUUAUAGGACCCCCCCUGAGAAUCAGUCGCUGGAACAGCAUCAGGCAGACGAAGAACUGGACAUCAAGGUGAAAAGAACAGUGUUUAAAGGGGGGAGAGGGGUUAUAUUACAGAAGCAAUGACUUGGAAAUUAAUCAUGGUUUAUUUUGAUUGACAGCUUUUGCGCAUGAUCCGUGAGGAGAUUCUACCCCAUUCCGCUGCUCUGCCUAAAGACUUCAUGGCACGAGUCAUGGCGCUCCUGAACAGAGGCUCGAUUCACUCAGCUGCAGAUGCCACUUUUAGCGGUACGUAGUUCAUUGACUGAAUUCUCCCAAAGAAUGACGCAGAGAAUGUAUGGAAAUAGUUUAAAAAAUUAUCAGCAGCAUCUCCUGUAUAUUUAAGCACUGCUCAGGCAUGUCAAGAAGACCGUGAUUUUCUUUAUUGCGUUACAUUGGCUGCGGUCGCAGGAAGCGAGUUAUAUGGUUUUUUAUAGAAACCUGGUUAAACUUUCCAAAUAACUUAACUCGGUUUAAGAUUGGUUAUGAUGAAACAAAGGGAUUAUAUUUUAUGAGCGGCAGCACUGAAGUGGGUUACGAAGUGGUGAAAUCAAUUGACAUCAUGAAGUAAACCAACAAAAUGGCAGACUUCAAAGGACUACGUUCUUAUUUUCUCGUUUUUCUUUCUUUGAUUUCGUUUCCUUUCGCUGUACUCUUGGUUGAGGCAGUCCCUCUUCCUCCUGAUGCGUUUUACGCAAAUUUCCGAGGCAGUUCUUUGGAACAUGAUGCUUAUUUUGUGUAGACGUCAGAAUGUUCUCCGUCGCCGUGAAUUUCGUGAACAGGUCGCCUUCGUCUUUUAGUUUUUCUAGCUGUUUAUUUAAUUCAAUGAAUAAGAUUUUUUUUUCAUGGUUUUUUAUUUCUUGACAGGGACUGAUGCUAACGGAUUUCCUCUUCGCGAAGAGUUUGCCAAGUCUUGUUUCGAAACUUUGCUACAGUUUUCGUUCGUCAACGGAACAUCUGAGGUGGAUCAACUUGCAGAGCAGCCGGGUAGGAAUUGUUCAUCAUUUUCUUAUCUUGAAAGUGACAAAAUAGUCAAAUGCGCGACGUCCUGUUGGGGCAAAUAGUUGUAUUAGCUCUUCGAUGAUAUUCAACAAGGUUUCGCAGGUUUAGGGUGAUCUUUGUGGACAUAGGCUAGCCGUAUUCGGAAUGCUUCGGCCGUCUUCAGAAUUUAUUAACAUCAGUCUGAAGUUUGCUAUAAUUAUGGGUGAAUUUCUGCUUUGUUACAAAGUUAGUUGAGUAGAAAUAUAUCACUUUGACUAUUGCCGUUCAAAUCAGGUAAAUGAGCUGGUGGACUUGUAAACUCCCUCGAUGUUUUUCCUUCAUAGAGCCAAUACCUUUUUGGAAGAUCCUUAGCCCUUUCACUCCCAUGAUCACAUAAGUAAUUCUCCUUACUGUCUGCUAUACAAUUCUAUGAUGUUAGUUCGGAGAAUUUGGUAUUGAAUUAACUAAUAAUCCUUUAAUUGAAAUUUUUGUUUAUUCUCAUCACUUGUCUGCUUGAUGUUGUAUUAAUAUUGUAAGGAGAAAUUAUGUCUUGAUCACCCGUGGGAGUUAUAGGGUUAAUGAAGUAAAGGAGAUUUUUGUGACCAUUUUACGUUGUGUUGUAGACGGCAAGGUGUCAGAAUUGGCGCUGGACGCUCUACUGAGACGAUGUAGCGACGUUGUUGUUAAAUACGUGGAAGAUGAGAAACUAAGCGGAAAAUGUCCUUUACCAAGGUAACAACUUGUCUUUCAUGUUUGACCUGAAUUUUAACAUCCCUGACUGCCGUUUCCAUUCAAGUUUAAAAUGUUUCUGAGAGAUCUCACAGAAUUCAGCUUGGACGUCGUCAGUUCUUCCUUUUCAUGCCUCCAUGCGCCGGCAUAAGAACAUGGAACGCCAUUGAUUUCUGUCGCCUGUUGGUCAAGCUGGAACCAUAUCCAGCCUCUCCUUCUCAUUUGCCUUUCUACGGUUCUCCUUCAAUUUUCCAUAGGGCGGCCUCUUUUACGUCGGCCGUCGGUGGUCCAUCGGAGGGCGACUCUAGGCAAGGCUGAUGGUGGCAUUCUGAACUCGUAACCAAUCCGUCUCCCUCUUUCUUCCCUGGACUUUAAAUGUUACUCACUAAAAUCCUUGUGUUAUUCAUCAGAACGCGUAUGGCGGAGAUGUCUUUUGUCAUGAAAGCCAUAAGUACGUUGCUGUCAUCCUUGAAAAGAGCUGUGAAGGAAAAUCCUACCGUUGGUAAGCUCAAUUAUUCUUCUCUUCCCCUCUAAGAUGAAUACUCUUCGUUAAGGAUAGAGCUAAGCUCGUGAAACCCAAUAUGGUUUUUUUCUUUUUGUUCAGUGGACGCGCAGAUCUGGGAACAAGUCGUUGAGUUGUACCCGCGUCUUGUGGAAUGUACCGUUUGUAACUCCACCCCCGUCCGCCGAGCUUUGCGAGAGGCGUUACAGGAGUACGCUGACCUGGUAAAACCGCCCAUUCGUGUGUCGAAAGCUGUAAAUGGUAAACGUUAAAACGCAGAUUGAAGCAGAAAGACAUCAACCAUUCGCUUUUAAGCGUGUAAAGGAGAUAAUUUGACAUUAAAUUUUAAGAAGAGGAUUUGAAUUCCACCAAAGACUAUUGAAAAUACAUAUAAUGAAGGAAAUAUGCAUUUCAGAAGAUAUUUCUGGUAUUGUGUCUUGCCGACUUCCAAGAUGGUUCAUGCGCGACGGUGAGCUGGAAACGAGUUGGAGAAACUAUAGUUCCUUGGGAUAUUUUAUAGGGGUUCAUCCAAUCCCCCGCAAUGCUCUUGGUUUAUAGUCUCAAGCAAACAAAGCUGUUUACCGCAGGGGUAUCCAUAAUUUAAUUAAAUUUCCGUGGGGGUUUUCUAGCCAUUGAAGCUAAUGAAGAAAGGAAAUUGUGCCUAAUCUUAAGCCAUAUUUGGCGAAGAAAAAUAAAGGGUUUUUUUUAACCGUUUCAAUUACGAUAAUUUAUAGGAAUAUUUACCAGGGCAUUCUAUCCAAUGUUACUCCAAGUUAUUAGAGAUUAUCCUAUGGAAAGAAAUGUACAAAUUAUAAGGAGGAUUAUUAUUUAGAUCUUGGUAGUGAAGGAUUGGACCUCCUGAUUUUCACUUAUGUUUUCAUGAGGUGAGGAAAACAAAGAUUCCAAUAGCUUUUCACUAUAGAACAGUUUUGAAGCGAGUGUUGUAAAACAGAAACCAUUGCUAUUCUACAAGCCAAUUGCAGCAAAGGAAAACAGCACAGCCGAC